GGACGGAUGGAUGGAUGGAUGGAUGGAUGGAUGGAUGGAUGGAUGGAUGGAUUGGAAUGCGGUAGGAGUUUUACUCGGAUUCGGGACAUACAAUCAUAUACAUGUUUUUAAAGCGCAGCUUUUUCCUUCUCUGUCGAACAACAUCUCAACGGGCGCUGGGAGAAUGGGUAGAUACACACGCGACAUUAGCAUAGCUACCUUGAUCAUUUCAUAUACAUAACCUCUAUUAGAUGAUGAUGAUGGAUACUGCACUGGGUUCGAGUACGAGUGAUGAAAAGAGGAAGAUGUGAAAGUCAGCUGGGGAGAUACAGACGAUUGUUGAUAACUAUGUAGAAUACCAAGUGAUUAUAAUGUGUGUCUGAAAUUGUAUCGAUAUGAUGCUGGUUACUGAAGACAGGAGCCGCGAGAUGUCAAAUGGUGUGGGAUGAAUUGUACAUAGUGGUUUCCCCCAAGUAGAUUUAGUGCUCCACGACGGACUAAAGUGUUGGAGAGCGAAGAAAACAGGAACACUGCAAUAGUGAAUAUUAUUAAAGUCG